CACGUUUUACGUCGGAUUUAUUUUCACACAGUACCACACUAAGCCCGGCUGUGUAGGUGUAGCAUCCCUAGCUGAGAAUUUGGUGAUAAUCUGAGUGUACGACCUCGUGGUUUUGCUUAUCCAUGCCACUCAAGGAUCAGUCCAACUCGACCGCCAUGAAACCAGCAGUGGAUGAAAUGUUUCCGGAGGGCGCGGGACCGUACGUCGAUCUGGACGAGGCUGGGGGAAGCACAGGACUGCUGAUGGACCUGGCUGCUAAUGAAAAGGCCGUUCAUUCAGACUUCUUCAAUGAUUUUGAGGAUCUGUUUGAUGAUGAUGACAUCCAGUGACAGACUAACGUGUCUCCAGAGGGAUGAUGGAUGACACCCGCACAGCUCCACACCUUCUUUUUCCUCAACAUUUUUGGUUUAGUGGGAGGCAAACCAGCCAUUUACUGUCUAAUGACAUACAAUUUCCUUUCAUAGUUGUCCUAGUCUCAGGCUUUUUUUCAAAAACAUCCUUGAGAAGUCGUCACUGGCUCCAGAUGUUGUGAGAUUCUUAAGAUCCCGAGGAUUCCUUCAUAUGUGGCGUGUUAAAAUUAUGAGCCUGCGUCGUGCUCGUGUCUUCGACUGCUUCUGAGCUGGAUUGCAGGUUUCAGUGUGCUGGAGAACACCUGUUAGGAGUGUAAUUAUACAUGUGAUGGGCAGAGGCUCCAUAUGCUGUCGCCCUUAAACAUGCUGCAGAUGGCUUAUGAUAAAUGAUGGUCUGCUACGAUGGUUUAAAUUAUUUUGUAUGACAGUGUGAUAGUCACAUAUGUUCUAUGUGCUCCGUAAGGUCAUGGAUUUGUACAUUUGUAAAAUGGUAAUGCAUCCACGGCUGUAUUUUUGUGAUGGAUUGUAUAUGUGACACUGGUCAAAAGUCAAUACAUAGCAUUUUGUAUUUAUAAAACGA